AUGUCUAACACUAAAGAAACAGGUUUGUUUGAAACCGGUUCAACAUCAUCAGAAAACGAAAAGCAAUCCAUUUCAGACAAUGAAAUAGCAGAAAGCUUAGAUCAGCAAAAUAUCUUGACACAGUACAGUGAAGAAGACGUUAUGUCUAUGGGGAGAAACUAUGCUAUCAAACAUGGUUUGGACCCCGAUCUGUUUGCAAAAGGAGCUGCGAUUGCUAGAAAUCCCAUAGGUUACAACAGAAUGGAGUUCCUUUCUCAGGAAGAAAAGGAGAUUUUAUAUCAGGAAGAGCACCAAAAGUGGAAACUUCCCAAGAAGCUUUAUUAUCUGAUCAUAAUGGCUUCCAUGGGUGCAUGUGUCCAGGGUAUGGAUGAGUCUGUCAUCAAUGGUGCAAAUUUGACUUAUCCUGCAGGUUUGGGAAUUGGUAGCGACAGUGAAAGGGACUCUUGGCUGCAAGGUUUAGUAAACUCAGCACCGUACAUAUGCUGUGGUCUCAUAUCGUGUUGGAUGACUGAUGCCUGGAACGCUAGGCUGGGGCGAAAGUGGACCAUCUUUUGGACAUGCUUCAUCUCAGCUAUUACCUGUUUCUGGCAAGGAUUCUGUAAUACAUGGUACCAUUUGUUUAUCGCCCGUUUCAUGCUAGGGUUCGGAAUUGGACCAAAGUCUGCAACUAUUCCUGUUUACGCAGCAGAAUGUGUCCCUCAUAAAAUCAGGGGAGCACUGGUAAUGAUGUGGCAAAUGUGGACAGCUUUUGGGAUCAUGCUGGGCUACGUGUUCUCUCUGGCAUUUCAUAAAGUUCCUGACCAUGGAAUUGGAGGAGGUGGUUUAGCCUGGAGGUUGAUGCUUGGUUCUGCCAUGCUUCCAGCAAUCGUGGUAUGUCUCCAGGUUUGGUCCUGUCCAGAAUCUCCAAGGUGGCUAAUGGGUAAAGAAAGACAUGCCGAAGCCUACGAAUCUUUAAAAGUUUUAAGAAACCAUCCUGUUCAAGCCGCUAGAGAUACCUUCUACCAAAAUGUUUUAUUGAUGGAAGAAAACUCUUACACAUCUAUGGGUUUCUUUGGCAAGUUGAAGGAAAUGGUUGUCGUCAGAAGGAAUAGAAAUGGAGCCAUGGGCGCUGGUAUUGUCAUGUUUAUGCAGCAAUUCUGCGGAAUAAACGUCAUUGCCUACUAUUCUUCGUCUAUUUUCGUUGAAUCAGGAUUCACUGAAACGUCGGCGUUAUUGGCCUCUUGGGGAUUCGGUAUGAUCAACUGGCUUUUUGCGCUUCCAGCUGUUUUCACUAUUGAUCUUGCUGGUAGGAGGACGCUUCUUCUGAUUACCUUUCCAUUAAUGUCAAUGAUGCUGCUUCUGGCAGGGUUCUCUUUCUGGAUCCCUGAAGAAAAUGAAAAAGCAAGAGUUGGUGUUGUUUCUCUUGGUAUUUAUCUAUUCGCAGCCAUCUACUCUUCUGGAGAAGGUCCGGUUCCUUUCACAUACUCAGCUGAGUGUGCCCCGUUAUAUAUCCGUGAUGUUGUGAUGUCAUUUGCUACUGCAACUUGUUGGUUCUUCAACAGUGUCUUAGCACUCACUUGGCCUUCUUUGAAAAAUGCUUUCAAGGUGCAAGGUGCAUUUGGUUUCUAUGCUGCAUGGAAUAUAGUAGGAUUCUUUCUGGUAUUGAUGUUCCUACCAGAGACAAAGGGUUUGACGCUAGAAGAACUAGAUGACGUUUUCGAUGUGCCUACAUGGCAGCAUGCUUCAUAUCAGUUGAAAAAGAUGUGGAUUAACAUUCAGAGAAAUAUCAUCAGGAAGGACGUCGAACCUAUGCCCCCGUUGUACAAACAUCACAGAAUGGCUCUUACUAAUGCUCAAUGGGAAGAAAAACACGAAGUGGAACUUGUUGAAAACGUCUAG